AUGGGCUCCAUCGAUAUCGAAAAAGCCUACAAUCAGCCACCCGACACCCACGACCAUUUUAACCUCGACAAAAGCACAUCGGCUAGCACCUCAGAGGCCUCUGACCUUGUCAAGCCCGCCCCAAUUCCAGAACCCCAGUCAUUAUGGCAGAAAUGCAUCGCCAGCUUGAAGGGCGGGGAGAACCGAGGCAUUGAGCGUAUUCCCCCCGAAGAGCGAGAGCCUGUGACAUCAUCAACGACACUACACAUGUUCCUGAUGUGGUUCAGUAUGACUUUAGCAACGAAUAACAUUGUCGUCGGCUCCAUGGGCACUCUUGUGCUGGGGUUGAGUUUCAAGGAUGCAGCUCUAUGUGGUGUUUUUGGGUGUCUUCUUGGUACCACCAUCAUUGGGUAUAUCAGUACAUGGGGUCCGAAAAGUGGAAACAGAACCCUGAUUGCAGCUCGAUACUUCAUGGGCUUUUACCCGAGCAAAGUCUGUUGUGUUCUCAACCUCUUCACCAAUGUCGGAUACAGUAUGGUGAACAGUGUCGUUGGAGGCCAGAUCCUUUCCGUGGUCUCUGGUGGUCAUCUUUCUGUGCUGGUUGGUAUUGUCAUUGUCGCAGUGAGCAGCUGGGCCAUGGCUUUAUUCGGCAUGAAGAUUUUCCAGUUAUAUGAACGCGUCGCUUGGCUUCCGCAGCUUCUGGUGAUCUGUGUCAUGGUAGGCUCAGCAGGGCCCCAUUUCAACUUUAGUGAGGCAACGUCCGCGAGCGCACAGGAUCUCAACGCGAAGCGAAUCACUUUCUUCUCCCUGGCUUUGUCGAUUGGUCUCGCUUGGGCUCCACUUGCUGCCGACUACUAUGUGUAUUACCCAUCGCACAUCAAGAGCUGGCGAACAUUCAUCGUGACCGUUUUCGGCUCAUUGCAAGCCAUGUCCAUUUCCCUGCUGAUGGGAAUUGGACUUGGAACAGUCAUUUCCAGCUCGGCCUACUAUGCUGGAAAGUAUGGCAGCAGCCCAGGUGGCGUGCUGAUGACAGCAUACGAUUCGCUGGGCGGAUUUGGGAAAUUCUGUGCCGUCAUCAAUGUUCUCUCUUUGGUUGCCAAUAAUACCCCCGGUGCAUACUCGAUGGGUAUGAAUUUCCAGAUGCUUGGGGGCGUCUUUGGUAAAGUCCCCCGUCCUGUCUUCACAACUCUCGCGACUAUCAUAUAUGCGGCGUGUGCAAUGGGAGGCCGGAACGCGCUCUAUGAGGUCUUCAAGGGUUUCCUUCCCUUGAUCGGAUACUGGGUCAUGAUGUUCGUUGUUAUUAUGUUGGAGGAAGAUACCAUCUUCCGACGGACCAAAGGGUAUGACUGGACCGCCUGGGAUUGUCAAGCCAAACUCCCCGUAGGGCUCGCAGCGGCAGGUUCGUUCUUAAUCGGCUGGGCGGGUGCAGUUGUCGGAAUGUCUCAGGCAUAUUACAUGGGCCCCAUUUCCCAACUCUCCGGUGGUGGUGAUCUGGGCCUUUGGCUGGCUGCAGGCUUUACCGCGAUCUCGUUCCCACCAUUGCGAGCAUUGGAGCUUCGCUUCAUUGGCCGGUAG